AUGUUAAUCUCUAGCUCUGCCGUUCGAACGCAGAUUCGACGAGUUGCAUCCCAGAAAACCUCUACGACAUUUCGAAAUAGCUCCCACCGAACUCUUCUUGCGAAUCCGUGUCGAUGCCCACCGCCGACCUACAUAUCUAAGAAUAAUGGUGCAAGGACUUUCUGGUCAAGCUCUACCAAGGAUGGGUCAAAUAUAGAGAAAAGUGUGGUGGAUGCACGAGGAGCCUAUCCGCCUUUAGACACCUUCGCUCGCCGACAUAUUGGCCCUACGCCAGAUGCUACGGAGCAGAUGUUGAAAGCUUUAGACCCACCAGUCAGCAGUUUAGAUGAAUUUGUCAAGCAGGUCUUACCUAGCGACAUUUUGUCCUCCUCCGAUCUUGACAUCGAUUCAACAAAUAAUGGUAGCGAGGAGGGCUUCACAGAGUCGCAAUUACUAGCACGACUACGCGCAAUUGCUUCUCAGAACAAAAUUGUUAGAAGCUACAUUGGAUGUGGAUAUGCGGGAACUCGAGUUCCGGAGGUCAUAAAACGAAAUGUUUUGGAAGGCCCAGGAUGGUAUACCAGCUACACACCAUACCAGCCAGAGAUCAGUCAAGGUCGACUGGAGUCAUUGUUAAACUUUCAGACACUGGUGUGCGACCUCACGGCUUUACCAAUAUCGAAUGCGUCGUUACUCGACGAAGGUACUGCUGCUGCAGAGGCCAUGACUUUAUCUAUGAACGCACUUCCAAUGGCUCGACAGAAGAGCAAGAACAAGACCUUUUUUGUUAGCCACUUGGUUCACCCACAGACUAAAGCUGUUUUGCAAAGUCGAGCAGAUGGUUUUGACAUCAAGAUUGAGAUUGGAGAUGUACUUGCCGACGGAGGGCAACGGAUCAAGGAGCUAGGGAAUGAUUUAAUAGGCGUGCUUGUGCAAUACCCAGAUACUGAAGGUGGUGUUGAGGACUUCAAGGCACUUGGGGAAACCAUUCAUAAGCAAGGAGCAACUUUCAGCGUUGCGACGGACUUGCUCGCUCUGACUGUGCUCAGCCCACCAGGUGAAUUUGGUGCAGAUAUUGCAUUUGGAAAUGCUCAGCGCUUCGGAGUACCCUUCGGAUACGGAGGGCCUCACGCUGCUUUCUUUGCUGUCAGCGAAAAAUAUAAGCGGAAGAUUCCAGGCCGUCUUAUAGGUGUAUCGAAGGACAGAUUGGGUGACAAAGCUAUGAGAUUGGCAUUGCAAACUCGCGAGCAACAUAUUAGGCGAGAGAAGGCAACGAGCAAUGUAUGCACAGCCCAAGCUUUGCUUGCGAACAUGAGUGCUUUCUACGCUGUGUACCAUGGGCCUCAAGGUCUAAAGAAUAUUGCAGAGCGAGCAAUACUUGGCGCGAGAAUCAUUCAAGAGGGCGUUAACAAGCUUGGCUACGAAACGGGAACACGAGGCAAAGAUGAAAACGGAAGAGUUCUGUUUGAUACGGUAGUAGUCACGGUUGGAGAGGACAAGGUGGCCGCCUUUUUGGAGAGUGCGGAGCAGGAGCACAACAUCAACCUACGAAACUUUGAGGAUGGGAGAGUUGGUGUCACCAUUGACGAGACUGUAGACUACCAAGAUCUUCAUGACAUCCUCGCACUCUUCAGCUCGCAUUCAAACAGUUCGCAGCAAAGCAUUACUGUUGAUCAGCUUGUGGAGUCACUACCUGGAAAAGGAAAAGUUGACAUCCCGGAAGUAUUCAAGAGAACUUCACGUUAUCUUGAUCAUCCAGUGUUCAACUCUCACCACUCCGAGACCGAGCUUCUGCGAUAUAUCCAUCACUUACAAUCCAAAGAUCUUUCUCUUACUCAUUCAAUGAUUCCGCUAGGAUCAUGUACGAUGAAGCUUAACGCGACCACCGAGAUGGCGCCCGUGACUUGGCCAGAGUUUGCAUCUAUACAUCCGUUUGCCCCUGUUGCACAAGCUGGAGGCUACAAAACUAUGAUCGAUGAGUUGGAGAUGGACCUAGCCAAGAUCACAGGCUUUGAUGCCGUUUCAUUACAGCCAAACUCUGGUGCGCAAGGCGAAUUCACGGGUUUGCGAGUCAUUCGUAAGUUCCAAGAACAACAGCCAGGGAAGAAACGAGAUAUCUGUUUGAUUCCUGUCUCUGCACAUGGAACAAAUCCUGCCUCUGCAGCCAUGGCUGGAAUGCGUGUUGUAACCGUCAAGUGUGAUACUAAAUCUGGUAACCUUGAUAUGGCGGAUCUCAAGUCAAAGUGCGAGAAAUACAGCGAAGAAUUGGGCGCCAUUAUGAUCACAUAUCCUAGCACUUUUGGGGUAUUUGAACCUGAAAUCAAGGCAGUAUGCGAAGUGGUUCAUCAACAUGGAGGGCAAGUCUACAUGGAUGGCGCGAACAUGAACGCCCAAAUUGGAUUGUGCUCACCAGGAGAAAUUGGAGCGGACGUGUGUCAUCUCAACUUGCACAAGACUUUCUGUAUUCCUCAUGGUGGUGGCGGGCCAGGUGUUGGACCCAUAGGAGUGAAAUCACAUCUCGCGCCAUUCCUUCCUGGGCAUCCAUUGGUAGCAACUGGAGGGGACAAGGGGAUUUCACCUGUGAGCGCUGCCCCGUGGGGUAGUGCCAGUAUUUUGCCUAUCAGUUGGGCCUACGUGAAAAUGAUGGGUGGUCGAGGAUUGACACAUGCAACCAAGAUAACCUUGCUCAACGCCAACUAUAUCAUGUCUCGGCUCCGCCCACACUAUCCGAUCUUAUAUACCAACUCGAAUUCUCGUUGCGCGCACGAAUUCAUCUUGGACGUUCGAGGAUUCAAAGAAACUGCUGGAAUUGAAGCCAUUGAUGUUGCAAAGCGUCUCCAAGAUUAUGGUUUCCAUGCACCAACCAUGAGUUGGCCAGUUGCUAAUACUCUCAUGAUUGAACCUACGGAAUCCGAGAGUAAGGAGGAGCUCGACCGAUUCAUUGAUGCUUUGAUCUCAAUCCGCGGUGAGAUCCAGGCUGUUGAAGACGGAAAGGUUGAGAGGUCUGGCAAUGUUCUCAAAAAUUCGCCUCAUUCACAGAAAGAUCUACUCAUCGGUCAAUGGGAUCGUUCAUACACUCGCGAACAAGCUGCAUACCCGCUCCCUUGGCUGAAAGAAAAGAAAUUCUGGCCAACUGUCACCAGACUGGACGAUGCUUAUGGAGAUCUCAAUCUCUUCUGUACCUGUGGGCCUGUAGAGCCAGUUGACGAGUCCGAAGACGGCAUCACCGGUGCUUCGGCUCCGAACCCUACAUAA